AUAUUACAUCUUUACUUUUUGGAAAAAAUCUGAGAUUGAGAUUCGAGAUUGAGAUUCGAGAGCAAGAAAUGGCGACCCCAAUGGAGAGAUACAAGAAGCUAUUUGUAGGAGAAGCCCUUUCGGAAAUCCAUCGAUACCCACUUGUUUCCCAGGAACUGAGCUCCAUCCUCAAACUCGGUUAUCGUCGAUUCCCCAAAAAUGUCCAGGCUUUGAUUUUCCAAGACACGCUCACCGCCUUUCGUCUUCUUCCCGAUAUGCAGACAUCAGCUGCUGUUUCAGCAGCUCAACUCCUCUUGAAGAGUGUAGAAGCCGUUCUCCCGAAACAGAAGAGGAACUUAGCCAUCGCAGAACUCAAGCACUCAAAAGUUGCCAUGAAAAGGCAUAGUAAAACCCGCGAGGAGGAAGAAUUAGAUUCUCCACAGCUACCGGAAGAUGUCCUUCGUCAUAUCUUUAGUUUCCUUGACGUGGCUUCAUUAGUUUCUGCGGCCCAAGUUUGUCGCUCAUGGAAUCUAGCUGCAUAUGAUAAUAACCUGUGGCAGAAAAAAUAUGAUCUUCUCUUCAAAGAUUCUAGCCAGAGUUUGACUCAGAAAACCGACAUUGACUGGAGAGAAACGUUUAAAAACUCGUAUAUAGCCGAGAACUUGUCAAAAGCAUUAAGAUCUACAUGGGGCUACUGCUGGUACUGUGAUUCAAUCGUUUGGCAUAACAGUUUAAGAUGUCCAAAAGAACAAUGCAGGUUGAAGUCAGGCGGCAAGCUGGUUGAUCACAUAUCAACACAACAGGUUGUGGAGUAUAUCAUGGGGGGGUUACAAAGUAAUACGUAUUCCUCUGAGAGUGAAUCGGAUGAAGAAUCCGUUUACGGAUUGUGGGCUUACCCAAAGCUAGCGUUUUGAGCUUGGCAUGAUGUCACUCGUUAAUAUACAUGCAUACACACACACACACAUCAUACACAUAUGUAUAUAUCUAUCUGUUUACAUAUGGAAUAAUGUAAGACCAUUUUUUGUUGUUGAUGGCGUAUGGUCUCAGCCCUUUUUUUU